AUGCCGUCUCAGUUCAGCUUCUCGUCGGCGCGGUUGUGCCGCGUCCAGAAGCUGCAGUUCGGGAUCCUCAGCCCAGAUGAAGUGCGUCAGAUGUCGGUGUUGCAGAAGGUGAAGGUCAACGACGUCGACAUUCCGGAGGGCGUCACAAAGUACGACCUUUACAAGGAUGGGAGCGCCGUAUACGGGGGCGCCAACGACCCGCGCAUGGGUACCCUGGAUUUCAACACCCGGUGUCGCACCUGCGAUUGCACCUACACCGGCAUCGGAGGGAACCAGGUCAACGACUGCCCGGGGCACUUCGGGCACAUGGAGCUGGCGAGGCCGGUAUACCACUGCGGGUUUCUGGACGUGACGCUCAAGGUGUUGCGGAGCGUGUGCUUUCACUGCUCGCGCCUGAGGUUCGACAAGUCCGACAUGAAGUACAAGCGAGCCCUGCUUAUCAAGAACCCGAAGACGAGGCUGAGCUACAUCCACGAGCACUGCCGCAACGCGAAAAAGUGCGUCUUCGGGACGGGUGAUCUGGCCGGCGGCGGGAUGGACCUUGACGGCAUGGGCGGGGAGAAUGGGGGGGAGGGGGGGGGCGGUGGAGGGGAACACGCUUCGGGGUGCGGUGGACUGCUGCCCAAGUUCACGAGGCAGGGCCUGCAGGUGGAAGUCGAGUACCCGCCCGAUAUGGACGAUGUGCCGAGGUCCGGCGACCGCCGACAAUACCUCUCGGCCUCCAAGGUGCACGAUAUUUUUAAGAACAUCAGCGAGGAGGACAUGGUCACCCUCGGGCUGAACCCCCAGUACUCGAGGCCGGAUUGGCUGGUCAUCACAGUCCUGCCGGUGCCACCGCCGCACGUGCGCCCGUCCGUGGCGCUAGACGCGGGGGCGCGUAGCGAGGAUGACCUCACUCACCAGCUGGUGAACAUCUGCAAGGCGAACAUGAGGCUAGAGGCGUGCGUCAGGACGGGGGAGCCUGCGCACAUCGUCGAGAGCUUCGAGCAGCUGCUUCAGUACAAGGUGGCCGCCUUGUUCGACAACGAGCGCGCGGGGCAGCCGCAGGAGACGCAGCGGUCGGGGAAGCCGCUCAAGACCCUCCGCGCGAGGCUAAAGGGCAAGGAGGGGAGGAUCCGGGGGAACCUCAUGGGCAAGCGUGUGGACUUCUCCGCCCGGACCGUGAUCACGGCGGACCCUAACCUGGGUAUUGAUCAGGUGGGCGUGCCGAAGUCGAUCGCUCUGAACCUGACGGUGCCGGAGCUAGUGACAGCGUUCAACGUGGAGGAGAUGGCGCAGCUUGUGGCGAGAGGUCCUCUCGAGCACCCUGGCGCAAGGUACAUCGUGCGGCACGACGGCGUGCGAGUAGACCUUCGGUUCGUCCGCAACAAGAACAGCCUGACGCUUCAGUACGGCUACGCGGUGGAGCGGCACCUGAGAGACGACGACAUCAUCAUCUUCAACCGGCAGCCGUCGCUCCACAAGAUGUCCAUCAUGGGCCACCGGGUGAAGGUGCUGGACUGGUCGACGUUCCGGAUGAACCUCUCCGUGACGUCGCCGUACAACGCCGACUUCGACGGCGAUGAGAUGAACCUCCACGUGCCUCAGAGCCUUGUGGCGAAAGCGGAGGCUCAGGAGCUGAUGAUGGUGCCGAGGAACAUCGUCAGCCCGCAGUCCAACAAGCCCGUCAUGGGCAUCGAUUCCCUACUGGGCGUCUGCAAGAUGACCAAGCGGGACACCUUUGUGGAGAGAGAUCUCCUCAUGAACCUGCUCAUGUGGGUGGAGACGUGGGACGGGAAGGUACCCGCCCCGGCGAUCCUGAAACCGAAACCGCUGUGGACGGGGAAGCAGCUGUUCAGCCUCAUCUGCCCGAAGGUGCACGGCUCGCGGACUGGAAAAGUCAACUUGGAGACUUCGGCGAACGGGCAUCCGAAGGGCGCCAACCCUCUCAACAACUCCGACACGAAGGUGUUGAUCCACGAGGGAGAGCUGAUGAUGGGCAACAUCGACAAGAAGACGGUGGGAAGCGGCGCUCAGGGACUGAUCCACGUCUCGUGGCUGGAGAAGGGCUGGGACGUUACCCGCCUCUUCAUGAACAUGAUCCAGAAGCUGGUGAACAACUGGCUGGUGGUGACUUCGUUCAGCAUCGGGGUGGCGGACACGGUGGCAGACACGGAGACGAUCAUGACCAUCGGGGGCAUCAUCGACACGGCCAAGAGGAACGUGCAGUCGCUGGUGGAGCAAGGUCAGAAGGGAGAGCUCACCAUGCAGCCCGGCAAGAGUAUGAUGGAGAGUCUAGAAUCCAGCAUUAACAAGGUGCUGAACACGGCUCGAGACGAGUCCGGCACCUCCGCCCAGGUGAGUCUCAACGAGCGUAACGCCGUGAAGGCGAUGGCAGACGCCGGCUCCAAGGGUUCCUUCAUCAACAUCUCGCAGAUUCUGGCCUGCGUGGGGCAGCAGAACGUGGAAGGGCAGCGAAUCCCGUACGGGUUCAAGCGGAGAACGCUUCCCCACUUCGCCAAGGACGAUUUGGGGCCGGAAAGUCGAGGGUUCGUGGAGAACUCAUACCUUCGAGGGCUUUCACCGCAGGAGUUUUUCUUCCACGCCAUGGGAGGCCGAGAGGGACUCAUCGACACGGCGGUCAAGACGGCCGAGACAGGCUACAUCCAACGGCGAUUGGUCAAGGCCCUUGAGGCCGUAAGCGCCAAGUACGACGGCACCCUGAGAAAUCAAAACAACCAGGUGGUGCAGUUCUUGUACGGCGAAGACGGGAUGGACGGCGUGUGGGUAGAGAAGCAGAGGUUCGACAUCUUGCUCAUGAGCAAGAAGGACUUCCGGAAAGCUUACGAGAUCGACGUUAACCACGCCAAGUUCGGCUUCAGCCAGCACGUCACCGGCCAGCGCUACCUCACGAGAGAGGUGGUGGAUGAAGCGAAGACGGACGAGACCCUCCGGAUAGAGCUGGCGGACGAGCUUGAGCAGCUCCGGAUGGACCAGAAGAACCUGGUCGUUAUCUUCGCGGCCAGGGGGCCCGAGGAGGGAGCCACACCCGUCGCGCAGGUGCCGGUGAACAUCAAGCGCUUGGUGUGGAACUCCCAGAAGAUGUUCCAGAUCAAGUCUUACGGGGAGUCGGACAUGUCGCCGACGUACGUCAUCAGGCGCGUCCGAGAGCUUUGCGAGGGGCUCUCCGUGGUGACGGGGGAAGACUCGCUGUCCGUCGAGGCGCAGAGCAACGCCACCAUGCUCUUCAAGAUCCUGGUUCGUUCGGAGAUGUCGGCGAAGAGGACGCUCAUGGUGUACCGCCUCAACAAGGCGGCCUUCGACUACGUCAUUGGGGAGAUCCACGCCAAGUUUAUGUCCUCCAAGGUUGGCCCCGGCGAGAUGUGCGGCGUUCUGGCGGCCCAGUCGAUCGGAGAGCCCAUCACCCAGAUGACCCUCAACACCUUCCACUUCGCCGGUGUUAGCGCGAAGAACGUUACCCUGGGAGUGCCUCGAGUGAAGGAGAUCAUCAACGUGGCGAAGAACGUACGGACGCCGUCCUUGACGAUCUACCUCGAGGAAAGGGCGGCGGGGGCGGACGAGGCGGAGGGGCAGGAGGUCGCCAAGCGGGUGGUGGACAUCCUGGAGUAUGUGACGCUGGGCGACAUCACCACGUCGACCCAGAUCUACUACGACCCGGACCCUCGAUCUACUGUGGUGGACGAGGACGUGGAGCUGCUGGAGGGGCACUUCGACAUCCAGGAGGAGGAAGAAGACGACAAGGACACCGACAGAGCAAGGCCGUGGCUGCUCCGCAUGGAGCUCAACCGCGAGGCUGUGUUCGACAAGCGUCUGGACGUUGUGGAGAUCGCCAAGAGGGUUGUCGCUUACUUUGACGGGGGGCUGCACGUCAUCCGAAGCGACCAGAACUCGGAGAAGUUGGUGUUGCGGAUACGCGUGCUGGACGAUGUGCCCGACAAGAUUGAGGCGGAGCCGGAAGCGGAGGACAUGGCGGAGGCGGACGAUGUUGCGAUGCUCAAGCACCUCGAGAAGAACCUCCUCCGACUACAGCUGUCCGGUAUCGCUGGUAUCUCGAAGGUGUACAUGUCCGAGGUUACCAAGCCCAAGUUCGACGAGAUCAACGGGUUCGCGCAGCGGCACAAGGAGUGGGUGCUGGAGACCGACGGCACGAACCUCAUGGCGGCGCUGUGCGCGGAGCAGAUCGACCCCAGGCGCACCGUGUCGAACGACGUCGUGGAGUGCUGCACGGUGCUGGGGAUCGAGGGCGCCAGAGGCUCUCUUCUCAAGGAGUUCCGAGCCGUGGUGGAGAGAGAUGGUUCCUACGUAAACUACCGGCACCUGAGUACCCUGAUCGACGUCAUGACGUUCCGGGGCCACCUAAUGGCCAUCACGCGACACGGCAUCAACCGGGUGGACAACGGCCCGAUGCUUCGGUCGUCGUUCGAGGAGACGGUGGAGAUCUUGAUGGAGGCGGCGGUGUUUGCAGAGGCCGACAACCUCAAGGGGGUCACAGACAACAUUAUGCUCGGGCAGUUCGCUAACCUCGGUACCGGGACUAUGGACCUCCUCCUCGACGAGAGCAAGCUGUCGCAGGCGAUGGAACUCACCCAGCUCGACACCACCAUGGCCCGUCUCAGCGGUGCUGCGGGGAGCGGCGCCGCCGGUGGGGCCGGCGGUUACAUGGGGACGCCGUCCAUGACGCCCGCGGGGACCCCGCAUUUCACGCCAGGGUUCAGCCCGGGCGCGAGCCCAGGGAUUAGCACACCAUUCGGCGCGAGCGCCUUCUCGCCGGUGGCGAACAGCCCCUUCUCGGGGGGGUCGUUCAGCCCUCACAGCUCGCCGGUGUCGCCUGGGAUGGGCAUUGGUUCUAGCCCCGCCUUCAGCCCGAGCUCGCCGCGGUACAGCCCGGACAGCCCGAGCUUCAGCCCGAGUAGCCCGGCGUCUCCGGCGUACAGCCCCACCAGUCCGGCGUACAGCCCAACCAGCCCCGCGUAUAGUCCGACGAGCCCGGCGUACAGCCCGACCUCUCCGGCGUACAGCCCGACGAGCCCGGCGUACAGCCCAACAUCUCCGGCCUACUCUCCCACCAGCCCGGCGUACAGCCCCACCAGCCCGGCGUAUAGCCCGACCUCGCCGGCAUACAGCCCCACCAGUCCGGCCUACAGCCCGACAAGCCCGGCUUACAGCCCGACUAGUCCGGCCUACAGCCCCACCAGCCCGGCGUACAGUCCGACCAGCCCAGCGUACAGCCCGACGUCGCCGGCCUACAGUCCAACAAGCCCGGCUUACAGCCCAACAUCUCCGGCCUACUCCCCCACCAGCCCGGCGUACAGCCCCACUAGCCCGGCCUACAGCCCCACUAGCCCGGCGUAUAGCCCCACCAGCCCGGCAUACAGUCCGACUAGCCCGGCGUACAGCCCGACGUCGCCGGCGUACAGCCCCACCAGCCCGGCCUACAGCCCGACGAGCCCGGCUUACAGCCCUACCUCACCGGGCGCUGGAAGCCCGGCAAGCCCAGAAGACUCCCCGGGCACGUCCCCGGGGGCGGGCGGUGCGACGAGUCCAGCAGGAGGGACUAGCCCGUACAGCCCCAUGGGCACGAGCCCGUACGCCGGGGCGAGCAGUCCGUACAGCCCGGACGGGCCAAGCACUCCGUCGAGUCCCAUGAGCCCGACGAGCCCGAACAGCCCGGCAAGUCCUGAUGACGCCAGUCCGGCCUACUCCCCGAUUAACUGA